CUUUGGCCUCAUGGAUGUAGGAAAUUACAGCUGCUACAGACAGGGGGCGCUGAUGAGCAGUGUGAACAUCACACUUGGAACUCCGCCAGUGCGGCCCACUCUGUCAUGCUACAGGAGGUCACCUGGCAGCAACAUCCGCUGUGAUUGGACAUCGCCACAACCCGUGGUGCCCAUUCCCAAGUGCUACAUCCUGCUUGAGAAAAGCCGGCGUGCCUCAGUAGUGAAGUGUUCCUACUCUGUGCUCUACUCACGCUGCUGGUGCGUGCUGGAGGCUGUGGGGAUGGACAGGAGUGUGUACGCGGCCAGGCUGUGUGUGACCAACGCGGCCGGCAACGCCACAAGCCCUGAGGUCCGCUUUACAGCAGAGAACGCCAUAAAGCCAGACCCUCCGGCUUCAGUGAGGGUGAGUGGGGUGGAGGGCGGGGAGAGGAUGCUGGGCGUGGCCUGGUCUUACCCCGCCUCCUGGAGGAGGGGCUUCUACUUAUUACGCUUCCAGCUAAAGUACCGACCAACGCAAAGAGAAAAGUAUCAGACAGUAGAGACUGAGGCCCAGUCCUGGACCAUCACAGAUGCUCUGCCUCACACUGACUAUGAGCUGCAGCUGCGGGCCAGAGAGGAAUUCAGCAUCGGCCACUGGAGUGACUGGAGCCCACCUGUAUACGCCCGCACCUGGACAGCAGCAGUUCUGGAGUUGACUACCCCCUCUCAGGACCCUGUGUGGAUUGAGGAAGGCUCUGGAUCUGGUGAAGACAUAAUGACAGAUGCAGCCGUGUCCGAGGACUCGUUUGACAUGUUUGGCAGCGUGUUUGGCGUCUGCGUGCUGGCGGGAAUGGUCAUUCUGCUGUCGGUGUAUGUGUUUAGACACAGGAUGCGUUUCGCGUCCACGCUGGGUAAGCUGGGUUCAGCCUCAGCCUCUGCAGCACCCCCUGCUUCCCGUCCUCAGCCACCCGCCCUGGAGGAAGACAAGCCUCUGAUGUCACCCGUCAGCCCCACGCCCUCACAGUUCACCUUGCAGCAUCAGCUCCCCCCUGUACAGGAGGACAGUGGCCAGAAUGUCCAUUUCCACAACAUGGGCUACUUUCUAGUGCCCAAGGAAUGAAGAUGACACAAAGGACUAAAAACACUUUGCUGAUUCGAAAUGAAUCCAACCGUUUCAGAAAGUUUAUACUUUACCUCUGUACCUGUUUACCUCAAGUUUGUACUUAGUUUUUCAUGGCUUGGUUGUGGUCAAAUAUAUUUUUUUUCAGCUUUCUAUCUGAGUGAAAUGACCCUGAAGUGAUAGCAAUGAUAAAAAACUGGUAAGAUUCUCUCAAGUCUAAAGAAAGGUGCUUCCUUUCUCAUCUACACUGGGCAAUCCUUUACUAAGAAAAUGAUCCCUGAUAAUGCGGUCCCACAGUCCCUUGCUGUAGCAGCACUGAAAGUGACACGCCAUUUGGCUAUUCACAAAAAAAGAAUAUAGACAAUAAAAAUGUAAACAGUAAACAAACAACCAACAUAAACUAUGUCAAUAUUAUCAGCCAUUGCAUAAUUAUGUAGCCUAGUGUAAAUGUCAGAUUCUCUCAACAAUGCAUGUCCUUAACAUCUUUCCUGAAACUUCCUUUACAUCUUUCCUGAAACUUUCUUGACUUCCCUUCUUUAUCUAGGUCAAGAAAAAGUGCUUAUGAAAAUACAUAGAAUGUAAUUUUUUGACUAUUCAACCUCAGCCUCUGUACAGUAUAUUAUCAUGUGUAUGUGUUACAACUUUAUUUUUAUUGAUG